GAGGGAGGGAAUGAUGUAGAAAGGGAGGAGAAGGAUGAGCUACACUUGGAUGAAGGACUCUAGACGAAUGAGGAGAGACUUUUCAGAAUUAGCUUCAGAGAUGCUACUUUCCAUGACUCUGGUCAUUUAAUCAGCUGUAAAUAUAUACAUCUAUAAAAAACAACAACCAGCUGCAGCGAUGGACAGAUGGAGCCCUGAGGACAACUGGACACUCACACACUGACAUGAUUUCUCUCUAUCUCUCCGGCUGUUGAAGCUGUGGAGAGCUGACAGAGUUUUAAGCUGUUUAAGCCUCCAGGAUGAGCAACCGCCGGGUCUGAAAUCCAAAAGAAGUUAAGAGGAAAGUUCAGGGACACGGCUGGAAACUGCUGGAGCCACAAUGGAAAUACACACCUGCCUGUGCUUGGUUUUCAUUGCUGCAACUCCAAGAGUGUACUCCCAGGUUGGACCUCGUGCCCAUGCUGAAGAGAGGCUUCUUCAGAAUCUGUUUGCUCAUUACAAUAAGCUCUCUCGGCCUGUGCAAAACACUUCAGACACGGUGCUGGUCCACUUCGGCUUGUCUAUUGCUCAGCUAAUUGAUGUGGAUGAGAAGAACCAGAUGAUGACGACAAACGUGUGGGUUAAGCAAGAAUGGAACGACUACAAACUCCGUUGGAACCCGGAGGAAUACGAAAACGUCACGUCAAUACGCAUCCCGUCAGAGAUCAUCUGGAGACCUGAUAUCGUCCUCUACAACAAGUACAGAUCAGUUUCAGUAGAUAACCUAGAACCACUCCUCUGUCACCAUUUUCAAAAUCAUGCGUCAAGUCACUUCCAGAUUUUGAUGACUUAACUCCAAACAGAUGGCAUGAUGGGAGGAGAACGUGAUGAAUCUCUUUCCUUGUCAUUUGCCCAUUUCACAAAGUAAUUUGAUGGAAAUGAAUGUGAAUCAGGUCAGCUUUAAUGGAAAAGCUUAGAAAGUAAUACGUGCUGUUAGGAGUGAGGGAUGAACUGUAACUGACUGUGUCUAAGGUGGCAACAGCAGAUAUGGUGUCCGCAGUGAAAAAGGUUCAUUUGCUUCAAAAUCAGGGAGGUUAACUAAAUUUUAAAAAGUUGCUCCAGGAACAAAAACAUGUUGUUGUUAAUACAUAAUUGUAGUUUUAAUUGA